GAACUGCGCCUGCGCAAGCGGCGUUUCUCGGUUCGCGAUGUGGCGUAACGCGCCUGCGGACUGGGCCCAGCGUGUCCUCUAUGACUUACCCAGAAGGCAACGUUUCAUUUUCUGGUCAAAAUGGCUGGCAAGCAGGCGGUUUCAGCAUCAGGCAAGUGGCUGGAUGGUAUUCGAAAAUGGUAUUACAAUGCUGCAGGAUUCAAUAAACUGGGGUUAUUGCGAGAUGAUACAAUGUACGAGGAUGAAGACGUAAAAGAAGCCAUAAGAAGGCUUCCUGAUAACCUUUAUAAUGACAGGAUGUUUCGAAUUAAGAGGGCACUGGACCUGAACCUGAAGCAUCAGAUCUUGCCUAAAGAGCAGUGGACCAAAUAUGAAGAGAAGAAAACCACAUUGACUCUUACAUGUGAAAUGAUUCUUCUGAAAUCACUAAGCAAGUCUCUAAUAUAGAGAGCCAGGACUAAAAUCCAGGAAAAUUUCUACCUUGAACCGUAUCUGAAAGAGGUUAUUCGGGAAAGAAAAGAAAGAGAAGAAUGGGCAAAGAAGUAAUCAUGUAGUUGAAGUCUGUGAAUGCAGCUGUUAUGAAGAUGGUUAUACUUGAAACAAACAAUUUUAAGAAUUAUUUGGUCUGCAGAUGUUUUACUUUAAAUAAAUGUCUAUUGUAAUGGCUAGAGUUUUUGAAUUCCAAACCUUACACUGAAUAACUACUGAAUCCAUUUACUGUUAAAUUUUUUUCCAGACUUUCAAGAUAUUUUUAGUCGUGUUUAACUGCUACCUGGAGCUCAGAGGCCACUUUAUCAGUUUUCCUCACUGGUUGGAUAGCCUAUCAGUUUAUGGAAGGAUAUAACUUCCGUAAGUUACAUCCUUGUGGAAGCUACUGAAUAAAAGAAGGGGGAGUGCACCCGCUAGUUUGCCAGGAUUGAGAAAUAGCCUCUUCACUGCUAUCCAAAUAGAUUUGAUUUUGCAUCCUAUCGUUUAAAAAUAAAUUAUGUAUUCACCCCAACAUAGGCAUGCUUAAGUAAUAUAUAUACUCCUGUGCUAACAUGUAUACUAGAAAACAAAAAGUAGACAUUAGAAAAAUGGAAGUAUAAAUACAAAUCAUACUUGUCCCCAUAUCCCAGUGACUUUUCCACUUUGGAAAUAAUUGUUAUGAAGUUUAAGGGUUGGAUACUAAUCAGUUAAAAGUUUUAAGAUCAUAGGGUAAUUUUUUAAAAUAUAAAUUAGAAUCAUUGGCUAGGCAUGGUGAGUCAUGCCUGUAAUCCCAGCACUUUGGGAGACUGAGGCGGGCAGGUCACCUGAAGGAAGGAAUUCGAGACCAGCCUGGCCAACACGCUGAAACCCUGUCUCUACUAAAAAUAUAAAAAAUUAGCUAGGCGUGGUGGUAGGCACCUAUAAUCGCAGCUGCUCGGGAGGCUGAGGCAGAAUUGCUUGACCCUGGGAGGCGGAGAUUGCAGUGAGCCUAGAUCACACUACUGCACUUCAGCCUGAGCGACAGUGGCUCUGUCUCCAAAAAAAAAAAAAAAAAAAGAAAUUAGAAUUAUUUAGUGUUGUCAUUUCCACUCCUAAAUUCUGAAAUGCUUUCUUUGGUGGAGGUGAGAGUGUGGAGCCACAGCUAGCAGAGAAGGAACAGUAGGACCUGCAGCCUCCCUGGUUUUCCAGGACAAGUCAUUGCUGUGUGUGGCAGGAAUGCCUUACUUCAAAUAACAAAACAGUGUGAGAAACAAAUUUGUGUUACAUUUAAAAUUUGUAAAGCAAUGAGAAAUGUGUGUAUCAUGAAGAGCAUCUUCAAAUUUUUGCUAAAAUAGCCUCUUAAAUUCCCUAGGAACCCGCUUCCCCCGCUGGUUUUUUUUUUUUUUUUUUUUUUUUUUUGCUAGUCAGAUUAUUUUUCUAAACCUGUCCUUAAAUCAUGUCAGUUUCUUUUGUCUGGUUCAAGACAACAAGAUUACUUGAUAAUGGUUUUGCUCAAGUCACAUUGUGACAAAGUUUUAAUGUCCUACUUUGCAGAAGGAGGCCAAGAAGAUGGGCUGUCUAGAACCCCUUUUAAAAGCAUUUGUCUAUUCAGAAAAUUUUCCUGAAUAGAUGUCUCCAAAGUCUCUUUUAAUUGUGAUUUCAAGAUCACUUUUGCAGGACUCUGGUCUAUUCGUUCAGACAUCUACCGUGUACGAUUACAAGGAGACUAGAACUGAGGCAUCUCAAGGAGUACUGUCAAGGUGUGUAGGGAGCUGGGUGGGUGGAGGGAGGCUGGGCUCUGACACUAGAAACCAUGCUUAUGAAUGCUGUUAAUGUUUAAAGCAAGCCUAAGGGCACUGCUGAAGGACAGGGGAACAAAUAGAACUGACCAAGAUUGAGGUAUAACAGGAACCCCCAGGCUAUCCACCUGCUCAAAGUAAAAAGUGUGGUAUUACAUAGGGCAACCUCUGAUUUUGUAAGAGUUCUUCCUAAAGGCAAAGUGUAUGCCUAUUCUAUGUUUCCAGAUUACUUCAUUCUUCUAAAUGAGAACAAGUGUGCAAAAGUUCUUUGAACACUAUAUCAAUGUUUUGUGUUCAUUGUAAAUUAUGGUUAUUGUCCUGCUUGUUAUGAAGACUAAGAAAGUAGAUCUAGUAUUUGGCUCACAUAGGUGAAUGGGUGAGAAUUUGUUAAUCCAUCAGUGAAGUCCUUUCAUUUGAAAGAGAGAGCCUUUCUUUUAUCAAAAGCUGUCCUGUGUGAAAAAUCACCAUGAGAUUGCCGGAAACACACAGGCUUGUCCUGUAGACAGAAUGAUAGAGUGAUUCAGAGCUAAUUCUGGGUUAGACUGCACAGGUCUGAAUCUUACUUGCUCACUGUGUAGUGCUUUAGGAAUACAAUUUAACCUCUCUGUGCUUCAGUUUGUUUGGCCCUAAGAGCUAAUGAUAGAAACCUACUUUACACAGUUGUGAAGAUUGACUACAUGUCAAGCACUAACAGUUUUUGGCACAUAGUAUGCAUAAUGUAAAUUAUGUGAGGAGAAGCGAGAAAAAAUAACUUGGGAAAACGCUGAAUAUCACCAAAGUCGAAUAGCUAACCAGUAGCUAAGGUCCAAGGUCUCCUCUCUUCCUUCCAUGUGGCACUCUUGUUUCUGGUCCGUCUACUCCCCUUGGGUGUCACCUCCUUGAGUGAAGUACCUGCUGGAGAUAAGAACAGUGGAACUGGAUCUGCAUGACAGCUUUGAUUAGGAUGUAGCUAAGACUUGGCUAUCUCCCUGUUUUGUGUUUUGGAUGGGUGAUAUUUUAAAACUGCCAACAUUAAAAUCCUGCUAAUUUGCUUUGUACAGUUUAAAAUGUUUGAUAUCUUUUAUUGUUUAAAGUUUGAGAUUGGUUUUGAAUAUCCGGUUUUCCUACAUCUUGAAGAAGGAUAUGUUUGUUUACUCUGAAGUGGUCUAGUUCUGUUUUUCUGUUUUACUAUACUUUGCAAAAAAACAGAUGGCUGGCUUACGUUCAUUGUUGUAGUGCACUACCUAGCAUCACUCAGCCUUCCUGUUGUCAAGGUGUAGGAAGCAGCGUAAGGGAUGUUGGACCUUAGGACCCCCAAUUGCUAGCUCUGGUCCUGGUUCCAGAUUGCAUGGAAAUAUUUGGUAACAUUCUUGCACUGAGCUAUCAUGGUCUGAAUAUUUAUGUGAAGCUCUACGAGUGGUACCAAAAUGUUAGUGAUGGAAUUUUCACUGAUGGCACCUUUUCCUGUUUUUAAAUUCUAGAAUCUUAAUAAAUCCCAAGUGUACAUUUUGGUAAUGAUUUCAUUUAGCUAUUUACUUUAACUCUUUUAAAGCAUUAACUCUGCACUAAUUUUGACUUAUGAAAAGAUUCAGCAGUAAGAAUAAAAACUGGGCCAAAGCCCAAAGUAAUAAUCCUUCACAAAUAGGAUGGAGUUUUAAAAAUAUGGGCAUCCUGUGUGUAGCUUUGAAAAUAACCAAAGUACUUAGAAUUAAAAAGUUAGGUGAACAUAAAAAUUGUCAUAACCAAAUCCUUGACAGCUUGAUGGAUGAAGAGCAGAUGAGUUUACACUGUAUGGCAGGAGGCAUGGAUUUUAGGAGGGACAGCAACAGAGAGGGAUGUUUAGAAAGUGAAUAAGACACAUAGCUCUUUGGAAAAUAAGGAAAGUCCCUUUAUUAGAACAAGGCAUGAAAUUCUGCCACUAGGUGGCGAUGCCCCAUAACUUUACAACUUAGGGUACAUCACACCAGCACUAUGGAAGAUUUCUCCAUUCUGCACCCCACCAACUCCCUCCCCUCCUUCAUUUUUCAGGAUGACAACACCUUAGAGGUUUAUGGCCAUCAGGAGAAUUUACUACUAAGCUAUAUACUGAUGUAAUGAAAUCUAAUAUAUGUUGUGCAAUGAAUUAUGAGAUGUUAUUUAGUUUCAGGAUUUUAUUACUUCAAUCAGUUAUGACCAUAUUUCCUUUUAUAUGAUUGCACACUCUUUAAACAUACCAGAUGACUGUAUAAGGAACACCUAAUAAAGUCUAUAGAUGUUAAAAUA